AGGGGCGGGGUUUGGGCUGAUCUGCUCAGUCAGAGUGCUGCUCCCUGCAGGACACUGGGGUCCGAGUACUGAGCAGAUAAACCCUGAUAAACACAGAUCCACAGCUGCAGAUCAAAACUGAGAACAUCCAUCUUCACCAGUGCCACCAAUCAUGGAGAAGCCUUGGAAGGUGAAAUUCAGAAAUGUAGGUCAGACCUACUUUCCUCAGACCCGGGUGGAGUGUCGCUAUACCAUAAGCGGCCACCACAAGUGGAGCAGCCAUGACUGGAUUGGCCUUUUCAAGGUGGGAUGGACUUCAGUGAGAGAUUACUACACCUUCGCCUGGGCUCUCGCUCCAGAAGGGUAUACAUCUGGUACAAAUGUGAACUGCAGCGUUCUCUUCCAGCCCUCGUAUCUGCCCAGUCCGGGGGGAACAGCGUUCCAGUUUGUGUAUGUGGACGAGGCAGGGGAGGUCUGUGGCGUGAGCCCCCAGUUUACCUUCUGCGCCCCCAGGCCGUUAGAUGAGCUGGUGACCCUGGAGGAGGAGAAGAACGGAGGAGAGGAGAACGAGGGAGAGGAUCUACUGCUGGUCGUCCCCAGAGCUCAGAUACUUCAGAGUCAUCUGGAAGCAUGCCAGCAGGAGCUGAAGCAGCUUCAGAAGAAGCUGGAGGCGACAGAGGAGGAGGCAGUGACUCAGAGGGAGAAAAAUGAGGCAGCUAUAACAGAUUUUGAGCGGGAGAAGGCUGAGAUGAGGAACGAGGUUGAAGAACUGAGGAACAGCCUGAGAUCCAGCCUGGAGAAGAUCGAGAGGAUGGAGGAGAAGCAAAAGGAAACAUUGAAGUUGCAUGAGAACAUCUCAGUGGAGCUCAGCAGCCUGUUAGCAGAACGAGCUGAAAACCAGCAGAGGAUCAAAGAUCUGGAGGAAGAUUUAUUAAACUUGACUCAGCAGAAACAGGAGACCGAUACAGAGUAUGACAGGAUGAAAGAGAGAGUGAAAAAGAUGGCGACACAACGAAGGGAUGAAGAGGAUGAGAGGCGGAACCUGCAGACGGAGAGUAAGCAGGCCCAUGAGGAGCUGCGGAUUCUGCAGGAGCGUCUGGAGGCCAGUGAGAGGAGCACCGAUGCCCUGAGGAGGGACCUGAGUGAACUGGGUGCCCUGCAGAGCCACAGCCACGCCGAGCUGCACCAGGUCCGGCUGCAGGCGGCCCAGAUGACCCUGCAGCUUUCCCAGGCCAACCUGGCUCUCCGGGAGGGGCAAGCAGCCUGGUCUCAGGAGAGAGAGAGCAUGAGACAGAAUGCAGAGCUGGAUAAAGACCGGCUGCAGAAGCUGAGUCGAGAACUUCAGAAGAAGGAGGAGUGGCUUCAGGAGGAACGAACCGAGCGCGAGAAACUGGAGGUGGAGCUGGGUAUCGAGAAAGACUGCAACCGGGAAUUGAGGGCGAGUCUCAGAGCCAUACAGAAGGAGAGAGAGCAGCAGCAGCUGGAGAAACAGGAGCUGUUGGAUCAUAUUCGGGUUCUGCAGUUGCGAAUGGAAAGGGAGGCCGAUGCCAAGUGGGCCGAAGCGGCAUCUACACUCAGCGUCGAAAGCCCCCCAUCAGCCCCGGAGACGCCUGAUCAUUCUGAUCUAGAGGAGGCUUCUGAAAUCCAGUCUCUGAUCCACAAAGAGGAGGAUGAGGAGAACCAGACCCAGACUGAGCAAGACAGUCCACCUGGGUCAGCAGAACAUUUUAGAAAGGACACAGAUAUGAAAGAGAUGGAGCCCGGUACUUUGGAAAUCCAGUCCAAUCCAAAUGCCAACAAGGACAAGUCUCUGAUCCUGUCUGAUAUCAAGGGGCACAUACCAAGUGAUCUGGCAGACUCACCACAGUGGUGACGCUCAGGAGCAGAGCGGCGUGCAGGAAGGAGAACCUGAUGCCUGUUUACAUCCCCAUACCACAUCAUGUGCCCGGGCCGAGGGUAUCGUGUCAAAACACAUUACUCUGCCUCGUUUCCUUGUUAGUGAGGUAUCUAAUGAAGGUAUCUGGUGGAGAUAUCUAGUGCUGGGAGUGAUGGGUGUGUGUGUGUGUGUUUAUUGUGUGAAUGUGUGGGGGUUGAGUAAUUUAUUUAAAAUCAGGGAGCUUUAUAAAAAUCUAGAUAAAUAUAUAUAUAUAUAUAUAUAUAUAUAUAUAUAAAUAAUUUCUGACAAAUUCCCAAUUUAGUUAAAAUUCAAAAUUUGUUACAGUUUAAAUCAAUGUGUGGGUAUAAUGAUACACUCAGACCAGAGUUUAAUUACCAUUCACCAUAAUGUAUUCACAAUGUUUUUGAACAAACUUUACAUUGGGACAAUGAACAACUGUAUUCAUCUUGUCAACCUGAUCGUGCUGAAGUGAGGUGUUAUUUUUUUUUUUUUUAUUACAUUUUUUUUUUUGUAAUUUAACUGACUGCAAACUGUCAUGUUUUGUUUUGUAAUGUUUCACCCCUGCCUCCAUGGGUUCCUUGAGUAAUUCCAUAUCUAAUCCAAUUCUAAUUGUAAAUCUGUUAUAGGCUUCCUAAAGCAGUGUGAACUUUCUAAAGGUUACAAUUCUUAAACUCCUCAAAACCACCAGUUGUUUCUGUUGGCGUUCCAGUUAAACAUGCAGAUCAUUUUAAAACAUUUGAAAAUAUUUCCCAAAAAAAGUUUACUUAACACUGUGGAGUUUACAACAACUGGUUUACAAUUUUUUACUGACAUUUUUGGUAAAUCUAACAUUUGCCAUUUUUACGUCCCAGCAUUAGCAUUCUUAGCAUUGUUAGCAAAAUAUUGAUGGUUGAUAGCAGAGAGGUGUUGGACAGUACUUUGUGUAUGGCUGAUUUAAUGAGACACUAAUACAUAGAAUUGAUAAUAAACUGUAUAAUACUUCCACUUUUACCACUGUUGCGGGGCAGCCAUCUUAAAAUUUUCUGGUUUGAACUCAAACACUGACGUCCCAGUUCAACUGAAAAAUAGCAUUAUGAACAACUCAUCCAGUUGUCAUGCAUUAACAGUCAUGCAUCAGGAAUUAAUCCGGAAAAACACAGAAAACUGUUAAGAAAAAAAUGUAGAGCAGGAAAAAUGUUUUGUCUACAAAAGUUGGAAUUGCACAAAGAACCCAUUUCAUUUUUAGGAAUUGUUAAAAAAAAUAAUGCAAUAACGGAAACAUUAAAUAAUGUAUGCACUAGAGUCUGUUAUUUUUGUGGUGCUAGAUUGGCUAAAGACAGACAGUCUGUUAGAAAUGAGUAGACUGUGCUUGAAAAGACUUUGAAGUGUAAGAGAUUUGUUCAUGCAGUGUUUACUUUAUUAUUUUCACAAAGAAAGAGAUAAACUUUUCAAUAAAAUGUUUGUUUAUUGAA